AUGGGUCAAGCCAAACAUGGCCCGUUUGAAAGGGGUCAUUUUAGUCGACCUAAAAUCAGUCAUUUUCAGGCAUUAAAGGGGGUGAAAAUAGAGGAUGUUCAACUGGCUAAAAAAUUUGGUAUAAAAUAUGGGGAGAGAAUCGGUGAGGUGGAAAUCCAUGGUGAACCGGAGUACGUUAGAGCUUGUUGUGAAGCGAGUUUGAAGCGGCUUGAUGUUGAUUACAUUGAUCUUUACUAUAUUCAUCGCAUCGAUACAAAAGUCCCUAUCGAAAUCACAAUGGGAGAGUUGAAGAAGCUUGUUGAAGAAGGUAAAAUAAAGUACAUUAGUUUAUCCGAGGCCGGUCCAGCAACCAUUAGAAGAGCGCAUGCUGUUCAUCCGAUCACAGCCGUACAGCUGGAAUGGUCUUUGUGGACUAGAGAUGCUGAAGAAGAGGUUAUUCCUACUUGCAGAGAAUUAGGAAUUGGAAUCGUUCCUUUUGCUCCAUUGGGUAGCGGGUUCUUUGCAUCGGGUCCGAAGGUCAUGGACAAUUUAGCCGAUAAUGAUUUAAGAAAGAUUAUACCAAGGCUGCAAGGCGAGAACUUUGACCACAAUAAACUUGUGUAUGAACGAGUCAAUGAAAUGGCACAACGAAAGGGGUGCACCCCGUCACAAUUGGCACUAGCUUGGGUCAUGCACCAAGGAGAUGAUGUAGGUCCAAUCCCUGGUACAACCAAGAUUGAAAACCUGAACCAGAACCUCGGAGCACUUAGUGUCAAGCUUACGGUUCAGGACAUGGCUGAGCUUGAAUCUAUGGCUUCGUUCAAAGGUGCUAGAAUGCCCGAACAGAUUUUGGUGCAUAGUUACAAGAACUCGGACACUCCGCCUUUAUCCUCAUGGAAAUCCAAAUAACCUUUUGUAUUGCGACUUUUUGUUGUUUUUAAUAAUG